AUGGCGACGAAGGAGAAGCGCAUAGCUGAGCUCAACUCUGAGUGCGAAGGCGAGCUGGACGGCUGGAUUUCUUUUGGCUCUGCUGCAGCGCAGCAGCAGCAGCAGCAGCAGCAGCCGCUGGCGGGCUACGAUUUGCUGCUGCUGCAGGAAGAGCUGCAGCAAAAAGAAAAAAACUUCAACCCGCUGCUGCUGGCAGCAACACUGCAGCAGCAAAACUUCUGCAGCCGCAACUACAAAACCCUUUGCCCCUUUGCCUGGACCCCCGUGGGAGUUGGAGGGUUUUGCGAAGCGCCUCGGGCCUACAUCGAGAAGGAGAUGGCAUCUGCCAAGCGCCCUUCGACUACUCCGGGCCUUGCGAAACUUCUUGCGACCGCGACUAUUCAGCGCCUUGCCCUGAGGGGUGGAAUCUCGUAG